AUUUUAAAUUAUCAUCUCCUCGAUUUUUCUUACUCACACAUUCAAUGGAUUUAACAACAGAAAAACCUGAUGCACCUACGGCAACCCCAACAAGUACAUCUUUCACUACACUGCUCAAUAUGAUAGGGCUCCUAAUAGGGUUAGGCCAGUUAUCGACUGCUUAUGCACUACAAAAUGGUGGAUGGGCUACUGCGUUCCUCCUAUUUGGUUUGUUCAUGUUAGGAGCAUACACUUCUCAUUUACUAGGGCUCUGUCUCGCAACCAAUGUUCGGUUGAGAAACUACUCAGACAUCGGGUUUCUAGCAUUUGGAAAGACGGGACGAUGUGUAUCAUUAGUUUUUAUCAAUCUGGAGAUUUUCAUGGCACUUGUUUCUUUUACAAUUUCCAUGACCGAUAAUUUAAGCAGAGUUUUGGAUGGAUAUAACUUCGACAUCUCCUUUUUCGGCUUGUCUACAGCUCAGAGCUUAACAGUGAUUGCUAUAGUAGUUUGCAUACCUACGGUGUGGUUAAGAAAUCUGGAUAGCAUAUCAUUCAUUUCGACAUUCAGUAUUUUGUUGACCUUUUUGAUAUGUGGCGUUUUAAUUUGCACUUGUUUGUUCGGUAGUGUCAAAGCCGACAAAGGUAUACCUGUUUUUCGAAUAAAAAAUAUUUUCUCAGUGUCCGGUCUAUACAUUUUCAACAUUGCCUCCCACAUAGCCAUCCCUGAAGUCUACAGGUCAAUGGUUGAUCCUGCCGGAUUCUCUAUUAUUUCCUUUUUAAGCUUCGGGGCAGUGGCGACUCUAUACACAUUUUUGGCAUUUUUGGGAGCUAAAAUGUUUGGACCUGGGGUGGCUUCACAAUUUACACUGAGCAUGCCCAAGCAUUUGGCUUUUACGCAGAUUGCACUAUGGGCAGCAGUCAUUGUACCAAUGACCAAAUAUGUUUUCUUGACCGUUCCAAUGGCAUCUGAAGUGGAACGACAUCUACCAGCUAAAAUGCCUUUGCGGAGGAGAACUGUCAUACGGGGUGCAGCCGGAUCUUUGCUUCUAAUAAUUGUUCUUGUUUUAGCAAUUGCCAUCCCUUUCUUUGAAACUGUUCUUAGCCUAACUGGUUCCUUCGUUUGUAUCUUCGUAUCUGCUAUACUUCCCAUUGCUUUCUACCUUGAGAUUUUCAGAAAGAAAAUUCAGCUACCUAGUUUCAGAACUAUACCACCAGCUUGUACUGCUGCCCUGAGAGACAAGGAUUUUGAUCUUGGACUAGAUUCAAGUACGUGGUACGAACUUACUGAACUUUUAGGUUGA